AUGGCGGAAAUAGGGAAGACAGUGCUCGACACAGGGUGGUUGGCAGCACGAUCCACUGAGAUCGACCUCAGCGGAGUACAGCUCACCACCACUCACCCUCCCACUGGGCCCACUUCUCCAUGGAUGGAAGCUGUUGUCCCCGGAACUGUUUUGGCGACCCUGGUAAAGAACAAAGUCGUUCCAGAUCCUUUCUAUGGGUUGGAAAAUGAGGCAAUUAUAGACAUUGCUGAUUCAGGAAGAGAAUACUACACAUUCUGGUUUUUCACAACUUUUCAGUGUAAGCUGGUUGAAUAA